AUGAAACUUUGUAUAGUAUUUUUGGUAAUCUGCUUGGUUAUCUCAUAAAAAGAAAAUACAGAAUUGUCCCAAGAAGACUAAACUCUAUUGGAUAGUAUGUUUAAAGACAAAUUUGGAUUGAACGUGUUAAAUGAUAUACAAAGUGAAUACAGAAAAGAUUCUGGUAAUAGUGUAAUGCGUAUUUUGAGAAAGGAAGGAAUAAUUAGUGAGAAUCGAGAGUUUAUUGAACACAAUUGAAAGACAGAUAGCUUAAGACGAGUAGGAUGAUUUAGAAUAAUUAACCAAGGAUUAAGAACUCUGUAUUAAAAAAAACGAAUUUUAUAUUAGAUAAUUAAUAAUUAGAGAGUUUGAAAGAGAAAAUAGCUGAAGCAUAAUAUGAUUAUAGUAGCAUUGGUGCAACCAUCAGAUUGUUGGAAGAUGAAUCAAAUAGAUAUGACACUUAAAUAAAUGAGAAAGAGAAUAUUGUGAAUGAAUAUGAAUCAACUCUAACUCAAUUAGAGGAGAUCAGAUAACAUGAAGUAAAAUAAGAUAGAAUAUAUAAAUAGAAUGCAUAUUUUGAAAUUACUAGAGAUGAUUCUUUUGCUAUUUGCAGUUUAAUCAAGAGAGCCAGAUACUUGAUUAGGGAAUUAUUACCAAGAAGUCCAAGGAAUGUUGCAUUUGUUCAACAAUACACUUACGAAGAUAAUUCUCAUCAAUUCUCUAGUUCAGAUGUCUUAUAACAAAUGAGAGAUCUCUAAGUUGAGGCUUAAGAGACUCUUUAAAAUAAUGAACCAUUUCUGAAGAUCAUAAGUUUUAAAUAUCAAUUAAUUAAAAGAUGAAUUUGUCACUGUUUCUACUCAAACUGAAGCUGUUAUUGACACUACUAGAGCAAAUGCCAUCAUUAAUUUAUUAUAAUAAUUAUAUGAUUAAGUUGAUAGUACUAAUAGAGUGUAAUUAACUGCUGAAGAUGAUAGAGAAAACCUUCAUUAACGAGUGAAGGAUCAAAUAAAUGGAGAAUUGGACUAUUUAAACUUAUAAGUAUCGAGAUGUACACCAUAUUGUAGCUUUCAAUACUCUAGGAUGAACAAGAUGGUGUUGAAGCACACAUUAUAGCAGCACAAAUGGAUUAGAAGGACGGUGAAUAAAGAUUGGCCAAUCUUAAAUAAUCAUUCUAAGAUUUACAAAAAUGCAAGGAAGAUUCAAAAGUAUAAAGAAGAUUCCUAUCUAGGUGAAUUAUGGAGUUAGAUCAAAGGAGAGAAAAGAACAAUUGAAAUUGCUAAGAAAGGCUAGGGAAGUUCUAUUGAAUGAGUUUGAUGCUGUUAGAUGUUACAUUGAGGAUAUACUUAAUAGAAGUGUAAGUCAGAAUUGAAAAUUUUAUGAAUAAUCUAAAUAGUAUAUAAGAG